AUGGAGGAAGAAAAGCUAAGAAAAAGAAAACAACGUGCAAAAAAAGAUGGAAAUAUAAAACAACUAGCAGAGAUAGUUAAAGAGCUUGGAGAUUUAUACUUUGAAUCAAAAAAAAUGGAUGAGGCUCUUGAAGAGUACGAGGAGCAAUUAAAAUUAUGUGAAAUAUUGAACGACCCACUGAACACAGCAGUCGCUCACAGAAUGAUCGGUGAAAUCCAUACUGAUUGCGGUAACUAUGAAGAGGCUUUAUCACAUUUGAGUAAGUACUUACAAGGUGUAAAAGAAACUAAAAAUUUAAUUGAACAGCAACGAGCUUACGCCACAUUGGGAAGGAUGUAUUUUUGUAUGAGCGAAGCUUGUGAAAAAACGGGAAGCGAACAGGAGCCUUUGGCAGCUGCUAAGAGAGCUUACAGCAAGAGUUUAAAACUGUGCGAUAAAUUGGAAGAAAAUAAGGACAUCAAGGAGGUGGAGGUGAUGAUGAUGCGCGCCAGGUUACUGUUAAAUUUAGGGUUGGUUUUAGAAGUCCAGAAGAAGCUUGAUGAAGCUAUCGAGUUAAUUGAAAAGGCAGCUCAGCUUUGUAACAAGCAUAAGUUGAAUGAAGAUCUUUAUAGAAUUCAUAUAGCCCUAGCUGCUGUUCAUGAGCGCCAAGAAAAUUAUGAUGAUGCCUUUAAUCUGUAUGACUUGGCAAUUAAAUUAGCUCAUGAGCCUGAAAAAAAAGCUUCUGCACGUAUCAGCCGCGCUGAGCUGCUGAUAAAAAUGGGUGAAUGGUCCGAAGCACGGCAAAUUCUUGUUUCACUUUAUGUUAAUAGAAAAAAAGUACCUUCAUUAAGUCCAACUAUAGAAAAGUUAUUAAGAAUAGUUGUAGUAAUUGACAAGUAUGAGCUUGAUCUCCGUGCAGAAGAAGACAACGAAAAACGGAUGACUUUAUAUGAAAAUUUGGGAGACGCAGCGUCUGCUGGAGGUUCUUAUGAAAAAGCUGUUGAAUUUUAUAAAGGCAUGCUGUUGUGUGCUGAAAAAAAACCUGGUGAUAAUCGAAGUAACGUAAGCGCUGCUUUGGUAAGUCUGGGACGAACGCUCAAAGAUGCUAAGCAGUUUGAAGAGGCGUGUAUUUAUGCUAGAUCAGAACUCAAACUUUGCGAUGAAAAUUAUAGAGAAGCCUGUCGAUCAGCCUUGUUCCUCGCAGAGCUGCUUAGUAGCAUCAAACACACGCCAAUCAUUGAGUCAGAGACACGGGAGGCUUAUCAAUUAGCGCUGACUAAUGCAUCUAAGUCAUCAGAUCAACGGCUGAAGCUCGCUGUUCUGGAAGAAACGCAAGCGUAUUAUAAUGAAAUUGGCUCUACUGAGGAAGCUUCAGAGAUGAAUGAUGAAAUAGAGACAUUAAGGGCAUCGAUAAUUGAUUAUGAGUCUCCAAUUAUUAGCGAGGGGGAAGAAAAUAAUGAUGUAGGGAAGGAUAUUGAUUUAGAUGAGUUGUCAGAUGUUGAAGCUGAGCUGCACAAGGAUGAUAAAUCAAAAGGGUCUCGUCGUUCUUCCAGACGUGGAUUUGUUAUCAAAAGAAAUGAAAAAGGAGAAACUAAACUUCAUGUUGCUUGUAUUAAUAAUAAUAUACAAGAAGUUGUUAAUCUUUUGGCAGCUGGACAUCCUGUUGAUGUCAGGGAUCAUAUGGGGUGGACUCCGCUUCACGAGGCUGCUAAUUAUGGUCACAUUGAAAUUGUUCAGCUAUUGAUAGAUCACGGUGCUAAUGUAAAUGACCCUGGUGGUCCAAAGUGUGGCAAUAUUACGCCACUUCACGAUGCUGCUUCUUGUGGGCAUUUUUCUGUGAUGAAUUUAUUGAUCAAACAUGGCGCGGAUAUUACUCUAAAGAGUAAAGAAGGUGAAUCGAUACUAGAUAUCUUUGAAACUUGGCGUAGCCGUUUGGAGGGUGAACGUAAAAAAGGUAAAGUUGACUGGACGGAUGCUGAUGAACAGGAGUAUCAAUUCAUUCGUGAUCGAUUGCGUCGUGUUUUACCAACAAAACCUACCAAGGCUAUUAACGAGCCCUUAAUUGACGAAGAUAUUUGUUCCCAAGCUACUGUAGACUUUAAAGAAGAUGAAUUUUGUAAAAAAUCUCCAAAAAAAAUUUCUGCUGGUGAGGAUUACCGGAGGACGAUUGAAAGCUUGAAGAAUCGGAAUUAUUUAAAUCAAUCGUAUGAGUCGGCUAGCUCUAAAACAGUUAACAGCAAAGUUACACCAUUGAUUGAUAGUGAGCAACAGCUGGUUGACGAUUGGCUUGAAGAUGAUUUAUCUGCACCUGCGACUUCCAGUAGUUUGAAACGAGCUAGCAGCUUUACCAAAAAUACUUCCCAAAUAAAUCAGUUGUCAAUACAGAAGUUCACAAACGAUGUAGAUAUUAUAAAAAAAUCUAACUUAAAUAUUGAAUCGAUAAAUUUCAAAAUAAUUAUCGAAAAUAUGACGAUUAAUUUAAAAUUGAAACGUCCAGAUGAAAGUAAUUAUUUGUACAAUAAUUUAAUAAACGAUAUUACGAAACAUAUUAAUCAAAAUACUGGUUGCAUUGCUAAAUUAAUUCUUACUACUGUUAAUGAUGAAGAAUUACAGCCUGAAAAUUUAUUGAAUUUAGUUUAUACUAAUCAAAAUGAUUUUAUUAAUUCAGAAAUAUUGCGUUUGAAAGGUGAAGAUGAAGAUAUUGAAAUGAUAGCAUUACUCAAGAGUCUUGAGUAUGAAAAAAAUCUUAAGGUACUAGAACUAUCAUCAUGCAGCUUGUUUGGUCACGGUGAAUUACUUAAUUAUACAUUGAAUCAAUUGAAACAACUACAAGAGUUACAUUUAUCUGGUUGUGAUAUUGACUCUGAAUGUAUUAAAAAAUUAGAUAGUCUUCCGUCACAAUUACGAAUUUUAAAUUUAAGUUGUAAUCCACUAAAUACUGAAUCACAAACUAAGCUGCGCGAUUUGAUUACAUCGCUAUACUGCUUGCAGGACUUGAAUUUACAUAAUUGUAAAUUGAAGGAGCUUGAAUUUAAUUCCACAAACACUAUUAGCGCGAACUUAGUUAGCUUAGAUUUAUCGUGGAAUAAAAUGUAUGAUAAUGAAGUUGAUUAUUUACUGCAAAGACAAUUAGUUAAUUUAAAUUUAUCUCAAACUACAAGAUUUCCUAUCGUAAAUAAUGAAAUAAAUUUAAUGGCUUACGCAACCUUAGAAAAUUUAGAGCUUGCUGGUUGUAAUUUAACAGACUCGGAUGUUAUUCAAUUACUGACCAAUUGUAGAAAUUUAUCUAAAAUCAUUUUAAAUAAUAAUUCUCAAGUAACGUCAAUUGCUUUAGAAUCUUUGCUGGCUUAUAAACCGACGCUCAGUUUAAUUGAUACAACCGGAUGUCAAAAAAUAGAUAAUUUUCCAAAUUAUAAUCUAGUAAUCGGUGAUCCAUCAGUUUGUACUCUAAAAACUAGUAUGACAUCGGAUGUUUGUGAUUCUUGGGAAAAAUUGUGGUACGGGCGUGCUAAACAAUUUAAAAUGCCUCAUGACAUAUUAAUUUUUAAAAUAAAUUUCUAA